UUGCAGGGAAAUGGGUGGCAAUAUCAGCUGUUAUCGGUGGCCUGCCUUUCCCUGGCUGCUAAGAUGGAGGAACCACGCGUCCCCCUUCUCAUUGACCUCCAGAUUAUGGAUCCCACCUACGUAUUCGAUCCCAAGACUGUUCAAAGGAUGGAGCUUUUGGUGAUGGCCAAUCUGGAUUGGAGACUCUCCUCCGUUACUCCGUUCGACUUCCUCCACUACUUCAUCUCCAAACUUUCUCCACUCUCUGCUCAUCAUCAUGCCUCUCCACAGCCCCCACACCCUACUCCUACUGCUAUUCACAUUUUAUCCACGUCUUCUGAUCUUGUUCUAAACACCAUCCGGGUGAUAGACUUCGUGAGAAUCUCGCCGUCGGUUAUUGCAGCGGCUGCCGUGGUAUCAGCCGCCGGGAAGGAAUUGGAGUCAUUACCCCUCACAUUUUACGAGAGGGUGGAAAAAGAAAUGGUGAGAAGCUGUCACCAACUAAUGGAAGAGUAUUUGGUGGACACCUGUCCGAGAUCUGACCGUAAAGUCAGGUCAAGGAUGCAGAUUCUAGCUGCUGCGCCGCCGAGCCCAGUCGGCGUCCUCGAGUCUGCGGCUUGUGUUAGCUGCGACACGCGUUCCGAGAAUCCUUGUUCGGCGGCUGGGAGCGGGACUAUUGGCGCCGCUCAGGAGCAUGAGCCGCCGCAACCCAAGCGGCUGCGAUCUUCUGUUGGGGAUAUACAGGAAUUGCAACGCUAGACCAGCCGUAUUCAUAUGCUGCCCUCCCCUUCCUUUUCAUGUUUGCAAUCUACAGUUAAUAAUUUUAUUUAUUUUUUAUUAAUAUUUUUUCGCUCGUAGAUCUCUUUGCCGUUGGAUUAUGACACCUUGGACGGCUUGGAUUGAAGGAGAGUAGAGGAAAUAUGUAUAUUUUAUCUUCAGUAAUUUCUUAAAAACUGUAUGAAUUUUGUAGUCUUAUGGCGGCCAUAUUUGGCCAGGCUGAGUCAGUGGAUUAGCCUAUAUAAAAGGACCCAUUUUGUGAAUUA